AGAGAAGAAUGGGGAGCUGGGCUGGCUCCAGCUACUCCAAUUCCUCCGUCCUCUGGAUUCUGAUAGUUUUUGGGAUGAGGGGAGAUGAGCUGAGUCCCACGUGUCCCAGCUCAGUCUCCCCUCUAGCCACCUCAGCCCCCACCACAUUUAUGGAGAGAAAUUAACCAGGAAAACUUAAAGAACAAGAGAACUACAUUCACACUGAGCUGGAAAACAUAUUUGGACAAUCUGUGAUUUUCCCAAAGCAGGACAGAUGAAGAGACAGAAAAAGGUCCUUGUACAGAAAAUGAAGAUGAAGGCUGUCCAGCUGCUAAUACAGAGAUGAAAGAUUUAGAUGACCAAGAAAAGACUCUUGCACCUGCAAGGCAUGGCAUUCUUGUCCAGAGACGGACUAAAGAAGCGAUGACCACACCCUUAGGAAAUAGAGAGGAUGUGGAAGGUGAAGAAGAGAACAAAAUAAAAGAGAAGCAAAAGCCUGAGAAUGCUAGAGAAAAUGGUCAAGAGGAUGACUAUUUGCAAAAACCACUCAUACCUGUCACUGGAAGUUCUUCAGUUGUUGAUAACCAUAAAAGACCCUUAAAAGGAGUAACAUUUUCUAGGGAGGUAAUCGUUGUGGACCUUGGGAAGGACAAUCCUAUGGCUCGAAGCUAUACUCGAUUACAUAAAGAGAGAAAGUGAAGCUCAAAAAAGGCUGAGAGCAAAAGAAAUGUAACCUUAGACUAACAAUGAAAUGACUGGGGGUACAAAAUCAUGUUGAAACAGCAAAAUAAUGGGGAAUUAAGCAAAUAUGGAUAAUAUUUUAUCUUUGUGCAAAAAAGGUGGACUAUGUGCAAAAUUCUAUAAGUAAAAUACCCAGGGCAACUCAAAUGUGAGUUCAAGAUAUUGACUGUAUUAAAUGUCCUUAAAACUCUGUCUACUCAAACACUGUUGUACCAUGUGAAUAAAGUUAUUUGUGUUUGUGCA